AUGAUACUGAUGUAUUCCAGGAUGUUGGCGACUCAAGUGCAAAAUGAUGGCAAACAACCUAUCAACAGCAAUGGUCCGAUAGAAACGGUGGCUUUUACGAAAAGCAUGGCCUUCUUCUCGAACACACCGGGAAAUUCGUUCGAAAAGGAUCCCAGCACGUUAAGGCUAAAGAAACCUCUCGAAAAACCGCUCGUCUUGAUAUUCGCGUGGCUCCAGGCGACCAACAAACAAGUGGGCAAGAUCGCUGGAGUCUAUCUGGAGCAAGGAUUCGAGGUGCUGACCGUACACCUUACACCCUGGCAACUCCUGUGGCCAGUGCAUGGAUCGCAAAAGGUGGCCGAGGAUGUGGUCAAGUUCCUAUCGAACAACGAUCUCCCAGAGGGUGUCGUGCUGCACGGGUUCUCGGUUGGAGGAUACUUCUGGGGCGAGUGUUUGGUGAAACUACAUGCUCAUCCGACCGGUCGCCGUACGCUGGAAAAGAUCGUUGGUCAGAUCUGGGACAGUGUCACACAUCUAGAGGAAAUACCGAUCGGUGUGCCACCUGCGAUGCUACCGAAGAAUCCAAAGCUUCAAAAUAUGCUUCGGAAUUACUUAUCCUACCACCUGAAACUGUUCCACGAGGAAGCAACCCAGUACUACAAGAAGUCUACGCACAUGUACCACUAUGAACCGCUUCAGUGUCCUGCACUGAUACUCGUCUCAAAAUCGGACCCAAUCGGAGCAGAAGCUCCUAAUAAGAGACUUUCCGAUAUUUGGGAGUCCAAGGGUGUGAAGACGACGUUCAAGUGUUGGGAUAAGUCCCCUCAUGUAGGUCACUUCUAUAAGCACCGGGAGGAGUACGUACAGUUGCUGCAGACCCACCUUCGGUCACUUAAUCUGCCGAUGUACAACCGCAAAGCUAAGCUUUAGCGAACAGACGACAACCUUCCAUUCCGGAGCGGUGCUUUGUGAUGAUUGUACAGACGGACUAAACAAUUCGCCAACCACCGCAGACAAAUCAAAUCGAACGAUAACAGAAACACUUGAUAAGGUUGGAUAGAGGGGCAAGCCCAAAUCGCUUUUAGGUGAUUCGGUUUCUUUUUUUGCCAAUGCUGACGUUCGUGAUAAGCGGGAAGAAUUAGCAGACAUUAUGCGUAACUUCUUUUAUUGUGAUAGUACCGAG